AGAUUUUUUGAGUAGAGCAGUGAAAUGGUUAGAUAUGCAUCAAGGAUAGAGACUGGAUCUGUAAUUUCUUUGACAUAAAGAUAUUCUGGAAGAGGAAACCCCCUCUGUCAAUGGAGUCAUUAUCUUUCCCAUGUAUAGUUUUUGUUAAUUCCCUUUCACUGAGGGAUUGUGAAUUGCCCCAGACACACAGCUAGUAAAUGUCAGAUGUGGGACUUGAGUUCAAAUGUUCCAUUUCAAACCUAAUUCUCUAGUCACUAUCCUGCUAAAGUUUGAUCACAGCUUUUAUUGUAGUCCUGAAAUAGGUAUAUUGAUUCAAAUACUCUGCACCAUGCUGUCUCUAGGUCUUGUAUUCCUUUGAACUUCUGUUUUUUGAAUUUCAUCAGUGAGGGAAACAACUAUCAAAACAAAUUAUGGAAUGUUCUGCCACUAGACUCUUAGAGUUGCCUGGGGCACUAAGAAAUUAAGACUUGUCCUGGGUUGAAAAUACCAGGUUUGAAGCUGGUUCUUUAUCUUGGGCACCAAGCUUCCUUUUUCUCUCCUCCACUUUAUUUUCCUCCCUCCCACAUUCUCAUACAUCUCUCCCCAGUGCAUUACCACCACCCCCACCUCACUACCAAAAAUGGGUUUGAAUUCCUUUAUUAUAAAGUUGCUUUAUUGUUUCUAUCACCAGACUCCUAGAUCUUUACAAAUGCAGUUCCUGAGCUGUUCUUUUUCCACCUGCUUUCUUCCAUCUACAUGGCUAUAUAUGUAAGCCCUUCCACCGUCCCUCAAUUUAAAAAAUGCAAUUUGUUAUUAAAAUCCUUUCUAGAAUGACAUGAUUGAGGAGGAAGAGAUAAACACUAGGAUAUCCCUUAUAACAUUUUUCAUUUUAAUUUCAGUAAUCAUUCAUUUAAAAAUCUCCCAUGUUAAAGAGCACCAUGGUAGGUCCCUUCCCAGAGAGAGCUCACACUUAAGGUGCCUAGGUGAUAACAGUGGAUGAAAUAUUGUUUUUGAAAUCAGGAAGGCUUAAAUUUGAAUCCUGACUCACAAUAGCUGUGACCCAAAAUAGCAGUUUAAUGUAAUGUUUACCAUAGGAUCAUAUUGUAAUAACCAAAAAAGAAAUGCCUCUCUUGAAGAUCUCCAACUUUUCCUCGCUGCCCCCUCAAUAUUUAUAAUUCGUUAUUUCCAUAUCUCCCCCAUUAGACUUUUUGUCUAUCUUUAUCCUUAGCUCCAACACAGUGCCUAGUACAUAAAUAAAAGGCGCUGGCAAGUGCUUAUUGACUGGGGAGUCUUCCUGGACUGGUGGAAUAGUGUCUCCAGGCCUCAAUUUUCUCUAAUAAAGGCUCACCUGGUUGUGGCAUGAAGGCAAAUGAGAUUCAUGUAAAGAGCUUUGCAACCCUUAAAGCGUUAUAGAAACGCUAUGUUAUUCAUCUAGUUGCUGUUAAAAGGUAACAUAGAUACGCCGCUCUUUAUAAAAAUAAGCAUUAAAGGGUUCCAGAGAUUGUGGGAGCAGCUAGGUUUGAGAAAGGUAAAGAUGAAGAGGGUAGGGCACUGCUCAUUCAUCCUUGAGUGCUCACUCAAGGCCCGGCGGGGUGGGUGGAAGGUGCAGCGCCUGGGAGGAAGGCUUGGGGCGGAGAGGCUGCUGUGGAGCCACCUGCCCAGGGGAGGGGCGGAAGGCGGAGCCGGAGCUACAGAGGGAAGGGGCUGACGCACUCGUGGUUCAAGCCAGGCCCAGAGAACUGGGCAGACCCCCGGAGGAUUCUCCCCCUUAGCGGUACGAGCGAGUAAUCCCGAGGAAGCGAGGUGAAAAUAGGCUCCAUGAUGCUGCCUACCACCUUCUACAGUGUGAUAUUUUGGCUGGCAUUGGGAUGGACUCUAUCAUCUGCUCAUAGCCCUCGGACCCCAGACCGAGUCUCAGAAGCUGAUAUUCAGAGGUUGCUCCAUGGAGUGAUGGAACAGCUGGGUAUUGCCAGACCCCGUGUGGAAUAUCCAGCCCAUCAGGCUAUGAAUCUUGUGGGUCCGCAGAGCAUUGAAGGUGGUGCCCAUGAAGGUCUUCAACAUUUGGGUCCUUAUGGUAACAUCCCUAACAUUGUGGCUGAGCUGACUGGUGACAACAUCCCCAAGGACUUCAGUGAGGACCAGGGCUACCCGGACCCUCCAAAUCCCUGCCCCCUUGGAAAAACAGUAGAUGAUGGAUGUUUGGAAAACUCCCCUGACACUGCGGAGUUCAGCCGAGAGUUCCAGCUGCAUCAACACCUUUUUGAUCCUGAACAUGACUAUCCUGGCUUAGGCAAAUGGAACAAGAAGCUUCUUUAUGAAAAGAUGAAAGGUGGACAGAGACGGAGGAGGAGGAGGAAUGUGAACCCCUAUCUUCAAGGGCAGAGACUGGACAAUGUUGUGGCAAAGAAGUCUGUGCCUCAUUUUUCAGAUGAGGACAAAGAUGAAGAAUAAAGUGAAGAAAACGGAAGAAAACAGAUGCAGCCCAUUAGAUCACAAUAUUGCUUGUGUGUAUUGACUAUUAAAACCCUAGUGAAUGGCAGCAUGUUUAUUAUUUGUGUAGUCAUCGAUGAAAAACAGCUGUAUUUAUGACAUUGUGUUGUCAUAGAUAAAGAAAAGAUUUCUCUUCUUUCUGUUAAAUUAUGGUAAUGGGAGCUUUUGGGUUAUUUUGUUUCAGGCCUGGAGUGAGCUUCAAAAUUAAAGUGAUUUUGAUAGCUAGUGUAUAUGUCUACAGUCAUAAAAAGCAAGACCAUAAAAUUUAUUCAGUUUGGUUGCAGUUUAAAUGGUAUUUGGAGCUCUAGUUUGAUAACUCUUAUUGUAAAAGGCAGAGUUUGAUUUUAAUUGUUUAGUUCAUGAAGCCCUUGGGCAUUGUUACACCCCAAUAAAUAUUAUUUUACUCAUGA